AUGGAACUUGAUGGGGGCGAGCCACCAGAGCCACCAGUGUUUGUUCCUUUCCAAGGCCCUGCUGAGAGCAUUGCUGACUCUGGUUGUCAGUCUGUGGAAGACCAAUGGCAACUUCACUCUACUGCUGUGAAGGGAGAUCUGGACAAGUUCUGCAAUAAGGUCCAGGCAGGUGUCCAGGAGGCUCUCGCCAAAUAUGGUGGCCCAGAUGCCUUCCUCCGAGCUCGAUUUGGGGAAAAGCGGGAGCUCCAAGGUUGGCUAGACUUUCUUGACACUUUGCAAGACUCGUCCGUGGCAAACUACAGUCUGGAUUGUUCAUUGCCUGUCAGCAAUGUCCAAGAGUUGAGCAAGGGUCAACUGCUCAAUUUGCACUUGGGAACCCUUUCCUUCUCGAGAGCAGCAAGCAUCCGCGGGCCUCCUGAGCAUGACACAGUUCGCCUACUUGUGGAUGAAAUCUUGUUGGACGGCUUCGUGACACAGGGGGAGCCGCUGUUGGUGACUCAACCUGCAGACCUGCUGGCUGAGUUGACUGAGGUGAGAGAUCACAAUGCCAAUUGCUCACGGGCAGGGCAAUUGUUGGGCAGCAAAGCCCAAGCUGUCAAGAACAUUCUCAACUCCUUGCCCAAGAAAGUGUUGACCUUGAUUGUGGAUUACACGAUUGAAGUGGGCUGGGAGCGGACUCCAUGGUCUGAUGACUGUCUUGGCUCCAAAAAAUGGUUGCCAGGAUUUCAGUUUCGGAGCAAUGCUGGGGCAGUUUGGGCCGCACGUGGAAAGGUUAGCGAUGAAAGUGCAGAGAUCUUCGUGAUGGCGCUCAUUGCCCAGAACCGCAAGAUGCCAUCCAAUUUGAGCCAGAAGGUUUUGAGGGCACAAUGGGACCGUUUGGCAGAGGAAUCCGCUUGUGUUUCAGCAAUGGGCCAUGAAGUCCAGGGCCUGCUGCCAGUGGAUGACACCGCGUUGCACACCUCGUGGCAUGACCUUUUCAUUGUGGGCGAUCAGAAGAUCUGUGUGGAGAUUCAGAGUGCAAUUCUUUCUCGGACCAACUCAAUCCGGGAUAUCCCCAGCUUGCACCAGUUGAUCACCGAGCAUGCUUCGAAGUGCCCUUUGCCUGCCACCAAGAGCGUGGCCACUAUGCAUCAGCUUGAGAAGGAUCAAUUCGAGCUUGUUGUCAAACAGAUCGAGUAUGACUUGCAGGCCUUGCGUGUUGCCAAGUCCAAGCGAAGCACUUGGGAGAAUUCCAUCUACCACAUCAAGCUCCAGCACAAAUUGGAUCAACAUCGGAAAAGCCAGGAUGCUGCGAGCUGGUUCAUGCAGAACUAUGUCUGCAUUGUCCACGGCGACAACUGUGAUGACAUCAUGCGGAAGUUCCAACUUCACAGGAGUGAAACAAUCAACCGAUUGCGCUUGGACAGUCGAGCCUGUGCAAACUUUGUUUUUGUCAAUUGGCUGGCUCCCUGCACCAUCAAGAACUCGAUGAUGAGCGCCCAAGCUUCAUUUGUUGCUGCUUGCAUCAUGGGAGACCCUAGCAACUUUGGGGCGGCCUUGCUUCCCAUCUUUUCUUACAAGAAGGGGCAGCUUUGGAUGGUGGAGGCAGCCGCUGUGAAGUCAUUGGCCAUGACCGGGUUGAAUGUCGACCACUGCUGGAACAUGUGCUUCACCAAGAAGGUGGAUUCACGAGACGGGCGCCCUUGCAAUUACCCGGGCAGACUAUUGAUCCACCCAAGUUUGAGGGACAAGGUGUGGCAAAACAUUGCCCUGCUCAAGACUGGCCGCACCAAUGCAUGUGAGAUGCUGCACAGCCGAGAUAUGGUUGCCAUCGAGGAUGUGAGCCCAGAUGCACUUCCGGCCACGGUUGACGAAAAUGACAGCACAGUCCAGGGCGCCCAGAAGUACCAGCAGUUUGGAGAGCCAGCGGCGCAGAAAUUGCUCGAUUCAGUCAUUGACGGCUUGGCUCUGGACAACCAAGGUGCCUUGUUCAUUGUAGAUGUCAACGCUGGAGUCGGCAAUCUGUUUGAUGGCUAUCUCUCCAAGAGGGGUUCAACGAACUACAAUGUGCAGUAUGUGGCAGUGAUGAGCGACCCUUUGCACGCUGAAUGGUUCGCUCACACCAAGACCGAGAUGCUUGCCCAGAGACACUUUGAUGGGACCCUCACUGUUCCAGGCCACCCGAAGCCAGAAGCAGAAUGUCCGGCAGAUCUUUUGGAGCAACCGCCUGCGCCUCCAAAGCUGAAUGUGUGCGUUCAGCGGGAGGACCUCUACCCGGAGAUCCCUGAUGCAGUGACCAAGGUUUGGUACACCCACAAUGACUUCGGGGAUCAGUUCAAGAAGCUGCUUGAUGGGAUCAAUGAGGAAUGGGGGCCACUGCCACAAGUGGACGCAUCGAAAGACAAGCCAGAGGAGAAGCAGGGGGAAGGCGCAACUGGCAGUACUCCUGCCAGUGGGAAGCGCAAGGGGGCAACUGGCACCCCGCCCACUGGCAAAAAGGCAAAGGUGGAUCGCUCCAAGAUUUCCCUCAUCACGGAUGUUGGCACUGAGCAGAAGAUCUUGGAGGUCCCUAUGGUGAACGCAAAGAACACCGGAGUUGUUUUGCAUCUGAAGACCAACAACCGCAUCUACAUCUUCAACAACUCAGAUGCUGAGGUGCAGUUGCCCCGUGGCACCAUUGUUUGUGGAUUUGGUCGCGGCAAGUUCAAGCGGGUUGGCCCGAAAGACUCUGACACCUCGACCAAGGAGGUGCCAUAUACCCUUGAUGGCCCUGACACAGAGGUGAUUGUACAAGGGCAGCUUGCUACAUUGGGAGAGGUGGUGGAGGAGCGCCGGAAGUCAACGCCCACUGUGAAGUUGAACUACUUCGAGAUGGAGGAGGCUCCACAAGAUGGCAAGCCUGGCAAUUUCACAGUGAAGCGCGUGCAUGAUGUGCGGUUCUUGCCAGCCGGAGCACCAGUCGAAGGUGAUGGCGGCGAUGGAAACUCUGCUGGAUCACAAACACCUGCAGCCACGCUUUUGCCAGUGAAUGCUUGGAACA